AUGACUUCUGAGCGUGAGAACAAGACAUUCCUCGCCCGCCUUUGCGAGCAGGCUGAGCGCUACGAUGAGAUGGUCACGUACAUGAAGGAAGUCGCCAACAUUGGAGGCGAACUUACCGUCGAUGAGCGUAACCUUCUCUCCGUUGCCUACAAGAACGUGGUCGGUACCCGCCGUGCUUCCUGGCGUAUCAUCUCCUCCAUUGAACAGAAGGAGGAGUCCAAGGGUUCUGAGCAGCACGUCUCGAUCAUCCGUGACUACCGCCAGAAGAUCGAAACCGAGCUGGAGAAGGUCUGUCAGGAUGUUCUUGACGUUCUGGACGAGUCUCUCAUCCCCAAGGCCGAGACCGGCGAGUCCAAGGUUUUCUACUACAAGAUGAAGGGCGACUACCACCGUUAUCUCGCUGAGUUUGCUUCUGGCAACAAGCGCAAGGUUGCCGCUACUGCUGCUCACGAGGCCUACAAGAAUGCCACCGACGUUGCCCAGACUGACCUCACUCCCACUCACCCCAUCCGCUUGGGUCUUGCAUUGAACUUCUCCGUGUUCUACUACGAAAUCCUGAACUCGCCCGAUCGUGCCUGCCACCUUGCCAAGCAGGCUUUCGAUGAUGCCAUCGCCGAGCUCGACUCGCUCUCGGAGGAAAGCUACCGUGACAGCACUCUUAUCAUGCAGCUUCUGCGUGACAACCUUACUCUUUGGACCUCUUCCGAUGGCCAGGAGCCUGAGGGUGCUUCCAAGGAAGACAAGCCUGAAGAGGAGUCUGCCCCUGCUACCGAGGACAAGGGUGAGGAAUCCAAGCCUGCCGCCCCUGAGUCUUAAAGCGACAAAUUGGACGUUUUCUUUUGUAUCAAAAACAGCGUUGUGCGCUCGGCGCCUAUUUGGAGAGGGUUCGGAUUCUCCCUGGAAGUGUUUACGAUGGUCUGUUUUAGCUGCGUGACUGGUUUGGACCGGCACGUAUCUUCUACUUGUUCGGGAUCGUGUGGGUCGGCCGGCGGAGUUUGAUAUUUGGAGAGCGAAGAAAAGGGGCUGAGCGGAAUUUAUCUCUCUUUUACUGUUUCUAUUCCCAACCCCCAGAGCAAGAUACAACGUGUUAUUCCACCCCCCCUUUUUUGUUCUCUUUUCUGUGCUUGCUUGCCCGCGUUAUCUCUACUGUUUUCUCGUACAUCAUCCCAUAAGCCCCGCGAAUAUUUGAAUUUAAACUUAGUAGUCGUUCUACUCAAAGACGUGCGACUUUAUAGAGUCGACGCCCUGAAGGAUGAAGCAUACCCCGUCUUUUUAGUUCGAUGGUAUCAUUGUUAGAAAUACCAUACACACUUGUGGUACAGUGA